AGUUAUAAUAUUUAUGAUAACUACUAAUUAAUUUUAAAGACAACUAAUAAAUUAUUUUAUUGCAAUGUACUAAGAAGAAGUUAAAAAUUUGUUAAGUCUGUAGGGGCUUAGGGCCCAAUCAUGAGCCAGACUGACACUGUUUAUCGUGUAAGCUAUGCUUAUAGGUAGUGCCUCAAAAUUUCACAAUAACAUCGAACAAUUUCAUCAGCUAUAAAAAUGUAUAAAUAUUAUGAGAAAUGUGCCUUUCCCCUUCCAACAAAAACAAAUAUAUAUGAUGACGAUAACCAAUAUCAAUACUUAAUGCUAAUAUUAUAACAUUUAAAUUAUAAUAAUAUUAUAGGUCGAUAAUAUUAUUAUAAUAUGUUACAUAAGAACAAUAUUGUUCGAGCGUACCCUCGAGCAAUCGAUAAUAUUAUUAUAAUAUCGUUUUGUAAUUAAUAAAAGGUUGUUGAAUUCGUAAACAGUCGCGUAAACAGCAGAUUAUGAUAUUGUUAUUUUGAUUUGCGAUUCGUCGCGUACCUAUAACAACAUAAGACUUAUUAAUAUAUUAUUAAUAAUAUUAUGCCUUGUGAGUUUCAUUAUAUAAUACGAUAAACAAUAAUAAUAGUAAUUCAACAAUCGUGCGGUACAUCAUCAUCGCGUUACAUGACGUGCCGCCGCGCUCGCCCCCGCCGCUGAAGCCUACUCGUCACUGAAUUCGCAGUGGUGCGACGACGUCACGGCGAUGACGGCGUUCGGUAACGACGACGACGGCGGCGGCGGCGGCCGAUUACUACAACUCUCGUACGUCACCGUGUUGGACGGCGGCACGUUCGGCACCGUUUACCGGGCGGUGUUGUCGGCCGGCGGCGGGACGGCGCGAACGGUGGCCGUCAAGCGCAUUCGGUCGCCGGGCGGCGGCCGUCACGAACUGGACGCGCACAGACGGCUCCGGCACCCGAACGUCGUCAGACUGCUGUUCCACUUUUAUUCCGGUAACAAAAACAGUUUAUAGGUACCGUCGUCAUGUUAUUACACGCACCAUGUAGGCAUAUUAUAGUCGCGAACAGGCCAAUUUUUUCGAGGCAAACGUAUAAGACUCAAUAUAUAGAUUUCCAUUAAAACGAGGCCAAGCUCUUCACCCCCACCCCAAAAUAUAAAGCGUCAUUGACGUAAAUAUACAAUUAUCAUUAUUUUCAAAAUUUUCAUAAUUUGUAUUCAAUAUUUAUUUUACACAUACUAACUACUUAUCCUAUCGAUAUAGCUAUAAGGCUAUAUUUGUGGUAAGAUAAUAUUAUAGUCUGUUCAUAUAUUAUUCUCUCAUCCCGCAUUUUCUACGGAAAAAACAACAAUUCUUAUGGUCCGUAUUUAUCACCCCCGUUGGAUAUACCGUAGUUUUGGUACCAAAAAAAUUAAUAUUUUAAAUUGUAUUUUUCCAAUGAUUCUAUCGAGUUUUAUUUUAAAUUUUUAGAAAAUAAUGAUAUUCACUUGGUAUUCAAUUGGUUAUCACUCGAUUUGGGGAGAUUUAACAACAUAAUAUUUGUGGGUCUAAGCCAUCACCCCUAUUUGCACCAAAAUGUGUGACAAUAAUUUGCUAUUGAACAAGAGUACACCGGACCAUAUACGUAAAUUGGCCCCUAAGCCCUCCCCCCAAAAAAAACUCCUAAAGCUCCCUCAAAUAUUUCCUAACUUAACCUCAUCAGUAUAAUAAAUUAUGUCAAUACAUAUUAAUUGGUUUUUCUAACUCCCCCUCAGAUUUUUUACCAUAUUUACCCCUCGUAUAACUUAAGGUUAUAUUUUUUUACUUAUGGGUAGCAGGGGAAUGUUCCCUUUUUUUACUGCACUUUACAAUAUUCUUAUCAACCUUGUCGAUCAAAAUUGUUUUAUGAGAUAUUUUUUAAUUUACACUGACUAGGUCGUACACACUCCAAACUUAAUAGUUUAUAUAUAUGAUGUGAGUUUGUUGCAAAGUUUUGUUUUUUAGCUUUUUAAUAGAAAUUUUGAAUCACGUGAUUAAUACAAUUUGAAUUUUUUGACAAUUAAACUGCAUUUUUAGUGAUUUCAAAUUCAUCUCUUUAGGUCUUAUAAUAGUGCAUUUAACUCACGGCCCGAUUCGUGGGUAACGUGUGUAUAAUGUGUAUGUGAUCCUAUAAGGGAGUUUUUCACGGUUGUCUGCGGGUUUGGUUAAAUCGCAAGGUGAGGGGUAGACGUAAAAAAACCUUAUAAAUAUCUCGUCAGAGUUCUACGUACGAAUAAACAACUAUGACGUCUUAACGACCUUAUCAAACCGACGCCUAUCGAUUAUUAUAUGAAUAUUAAAUAAUGCAUAAACAGCAUAUAUAUACCUACAUCGCCGCGAUAACCCAAUUUUAAAUUGACCAAUAAUAAUAUAUAUGCCUUUUUCAUAUAACAUUAUAUAGCUCUUACCAAUAUUAUUAACUAUCGCACUUAAAAAUUAUUAAUUACAAUAUACACAGAUGACAAUAGUUAAAUUAAUAACCUAACUUUAGACUAUCGUAUUCGAUUUGGUACGUUCAAUUUGCCAGCAGUUUUAGCUCACGUUUCCUAUUUACAUAAAAAAAAAAAGACGGGAACCGAUUUUAAGUACCAUUUUCGCAACGAGUUAUAUCGAAGAAGUCCCGGAGCUGUCGAAACAAUUGGUUGUCAGCCUCCUGCACGCAAUAUAUAAUAUAAUAUAUUAUAUUAUAUUAAUAAGAGUAUGAAACUGACAAUCGAUGACCGACAGCCUAAAUGUCUCGACAGGACAAUAGACCGUCAACCAAAAUACCACAACACGAAAAAUAAAAAAACAAUUUUCAUUUUAUUAUCGUACCUACCUUACAAUCGGCUGAUGACCAUUAUUAUUGUUUUAUUUUUUUUUUUUUAAAUCACGAAAUAUGUUGGGAACGCCAAAAUAUAAAUGUGUACAUAAUAUACUAACUAAAUAAUAUAGGUAUAACCGAUAGGUAUAUAAAUAUAAUUUAAAAGAGCGAGCGCGAAAUGGUGUAGGGGCAAAACCUUCACAGGUCUGUGUGCUCGGUGUACACCCCAAAAAAUAUUGGUCUAUAUAGUUGCGCCCGCGGGAGCAUGAUACGAUGACAUGUAUUAUGUAUAUUAUGUUCAAUUAACAGCUUACUGCAUGAUGUUAUCAUUUAAUUAUAUAGACAUAAACCAGCGAAAUUGUAUGUUGGACUGACGACUCGCAGAGAUUUCGUAUAAUAUUUUCAUACGUAUCAACAAGUGGUUUUAAAGCAUAUUAUUGUUGUCUUGUCGAAAAAUUAUUACAAACCUUGACAACGCGGGCAAUCCUCUGUAUAGUUGCUACUCACUCAGAAGCAAUAGAGUCUUAUGCCGACUAAACAAAUUAGCAAUUAGUAAAUAUAAUAUGAAAAGUAGUUGCGAAGCUAUUAAUAAUAAUAGUAAACAUUAAAUAGAUUCGUUGAGUAUUCUAUUAUAAUAUCAUAUCAUCCAGAGUGUACGUAUUUUAUAUCACUAAGUCAAUAUACGAGUAGGCACAAUGUAUAGAAUGAGAAAUGUAUAGUAUAUUAUUGUCCCAUUAUAUAGAUUUUUUUUAAAUACUGAAAAAAAUAAUAACUUUAAAGAGAUUUUCCAUAACCUAUCGGCUUGUCUAAAUUAUGUACCUAUUUUAUUUUUCUGGUAUUUUGGUAUUGUUGGUCGAUUGUCUUGUCUCGGGUUGAUCGGUAACCACCGACCAAAUAUCGCGUAACCAUAAAUUGAUCCUAUAUAUAACCAGACACAUUACAAUAUUAUUCUACGUCUAUGAGUUAUGGCGUGGUAUUUAUUUAUGAAUACAAUAUAACUCUCAGUUCUCGGGAAGCUGCAAUACCUGUAUAGUAUAAUAUAUUAUCAUCUGCAGUGAUCGUUUACAAAAUGAUCUAAGAAAAUAUCUAAACUCAGAUAGGUAUGUGUUCAGUGUUGUAAUAUUGCAUGUAUAGGUAUAAGUAAUAUAAAUAACAAUUGCCUUGACUUUGAAAAUACCUACUAAAUAAUAAUAUGUUUGAAUUGUGUAAUAUUGUUAUAAUAAUUGUAUGAUUCACCAAAUACGGACCGAGAUCAUGACACUGAAUGUUUGUAAAGGAAUUUAUGUAAUUCUCAAACUAUAGCUUAAAAACUGUUAAAACGUGUACAUGUAAUAUAAUUACGUGUAGCGAAUUGCGUGCUAUAACCUUAAAUGGAAUUACUGUAUAUUAAGUAUUAACCCAAUUACGAAUAAUUCAAAAAAAAAAAAAAAAAUAGCGAGCACGAAGUGUACCUAUUACAAUAUAAUACGUUACCUAACCUAACAUAGGAUCGAUGAUCGAAAAUCGAAGUACCAUAGUUUAAAUAUUAUUCGUACCCUCGUGGCGAUGAUAGCGUGUUGACUUCGGAUUACUAACGCAUAAAAAAUACGCAUACAAUUUCACGUUAAGAAGAAUUAUUCUUUUUAUUUUGUUAUUUUUAUAAUAGUACAAACAGACAACAAAUAUACAAAAAUAUGUUAAAAUUUUUAUAAUAAUUAUAAAAUUAUUUAUGAAAUGCUGUAAUAUAAUAUGCUUUGAAAAUUCAUUAAAUAAUAUUUAAACCGAAUUAUUAUUCUUUUUAACGUACAAUUUGCUACGCGUUAUUCGUCAGAAAUACGGAGUAAACACACGACACGUCCCAGAUCUUCCAGAUGUAAAUUCGAUACGUAUCGAUACGGAGUAAUUAUUACUAGGGGUCCGAUACUAUAUCGGAGGUAUCGGAUUUAUCGGUAUCGGUUUUUUUUAAACCGAUAUUUGAACCAAUACCAAAAAAAAAACCAACAAAAUCAAUAAAUAUAAUAGCAUUGAAUAUAAAUUUAUAAAUUUAUAAUCAAUGAAAAAUUACAAAUAUGUGUAUUAUCGGGUAUCGGUUUUAACUGAUAUGGGUUGGUAUAGUAUCGGUAAUCUUUUAAUAUCGGUUUAUUGCUUAUGUCGAAAAUGAUUUUCAAAUAUAUUAGUUAUCGGUUUUUUAUCGGAAUAUCGGAUAACGAAUAACGGUGUACCGCACAUGUAUAACACUAUUCUCGAAUGCACAAUAUAUUGAACCGAUACGUAUCAACACACCCCCAAUUUUUUCCUCGAAAAUCUCGAUCCCCUCGGUGACUGCGCCACAGUGUAUACAGUAUUUGACGUGUGCUGUGCAGGGUGGGACGGCAGCGCCGGUCGGCUGAACUUGGUAAUGGAAUUGGCACCGACCAACUUGGACCACGCGAUCCGACGGCUGGCCGCGGCCGGCCGGACGGCGAGCGCGAGCCACGGCAAGCUGUACGCGUACCAGAUGUUCAGGGGCUUAGAGUACGUGCACGAGACGGCGGGACUGUGCCACAGGGACGUGAAACCGAGCAACCUGUUGCUGUAUCCGGUCACGGGCGUGCUCAAGCUGUGCGACUUUGGCAGCGCGAAGGACCUGUUGGACGGCGAGCCGAACACUCGAUACGCUUGUUCCCGCCACUACCGGGCGCCCGAGCUGCUGUUCGACCAAACGCCCGACGCGCCCGACUACACCGUCGCGGUGGACGUGUGGAGCGCCGGUUGCGUGUACGCCGAACUCACGGCGGGCGCUCCCCUGUACCCGGGAACGAGCGUGCCGCACCAGCGAACAUUGGUCGCGCGGCCGCCGGCGUUCCCGGGUUGGGCCCCGGCCGACGCGAUCCGGUUGAUGGCGUCCACGCUCCGGUUCGACCCGUCCGCCAGGCCGACGGCGUCGGAAGCGUGUGACCACGAGUGUUUCGACGAGCUCAGACGACCGGGCGGCCACCACUUGCCGCCGCUGUUCGACGACUACGACGAUGCCGAUAACAACGACGAUGACAACGACGAUGACUACGGAUACGCAUGAGUCUGAGGAUAUCGCGAGGACGAUAACUCUCGUGGUUUAUAGAUAUAAGAUACGCUUGGUUUACAUUAAAAAUAUUUUCUUUUCACUUCAGUUUUAUACAUUUUAUUAUGUCCGUGAAGUUGGCUCUUACACUUUUACAAAAAAAAGUGUAAGGGCCGACUUCACAGCGGUAAUUUCAUUGUAUUGUUUUGUCUAACAAAUAAAUUUAUUUUUCCGGCACCGGAAUUCAUACUAUUUAAGAAUUAUGGACAAAUCAUAAAUUGUUAUAUCUAAAAACAAAAAAAAAUCCUAGCUUCUCGUGGCGGGUGACUGCUCCCAUUCACUGCCCGCCCACCUUUGAACACACCACUGUAUACAUCUGACGACGAUAUUAUAUUAUAAUACGAAAAUAUAAAUCCAUAAUGAAAAUAUAAUUAUAAUAUUAUCAAUGAAGUAGCAUGCAAAAACUAUCUUAUCGACAUCAAUAGAAAAAACCAAAAAAAUAAUUAAAAAUAUUAUAUAUCUAUAAAUAGCUCAAAGGAGUCAAAAUAUUUUGAAAGUUUUAUCAAUUAUCAUGUACGUAAAGAAAUUAUAGAAACAUUUGGUUAGUAUUUAAGGUAGUUACCUAGUACCUACGGUUAUUUAUUUUUGAUUCACACCAAAAAUUUUGGCGAGUUUUCGUCACAAACAAACUGGUCUUGCAUAAAAAAUUCCUGUUUUUCCCAGUAAUUGAGAAACUGAAAAGUACUGGGAAUUUUCGAUUUUGACCUCAUUAAAGUACCAACUAGAUCCAAUUUCAUAUCAUUAAGAAAAAUACACACAUCUUUUUAAAAUAAAUACAUCCAUCGCUACCCUCAUCAGAAUCUAUAACUGUCAAGAUAAAAGUACUGCAGUAGCACCCCCUCAACACGGAUGCACCUGGGGGGGGGGGGCCUUAACGCACCACUUAAUAUCAUCAUAAUUUUCUAUUUAAAAGCUUGACACAUAAUAAUAUUAUAUUUUAUG